AUGGAACACAGAAAAGAAGGGAUGAUCGCUUUACCGCCUGUUCGAGGUAAGCAGUCCAAAUUUAUUAUGUUUUAUUUGAGCUUUAGAAGCCAGCAAAUAUAAGUAAACCCUAUAUUUUCCUCUACCCUAUUUUUGUGGUUUUGUGGUUUUCCCGACAACUUUUAUCCAAAGAAGUCCAGUAUUUUGUUUUUCUCGCAGGUAUAUUUCUUCCUGAUUUAGACAAUUCAGUCAGGUUACAUUAUUACUUUUUCUUUCUUAUCUUCCUAAUAUCACACAGUGUUAACAACGAUGUUUUACGGCUUAGCUGAUUCCUUAAAAAAUUUAUUGACACGUCUUCGAUGAGUCAAAGUCAAAUCGAAAGUAAGCUACCAGACAUAUUCACGGGUCUCGAACUGGGUCGAAAUAUUACAUGAAGACUGUAACAUCCUCUUAUGAAGGCAGUAAAAAAGAUUAUUUGUUAUGAAUUGUGCACAUCGAUCCAAUGUAUCGCAAAAGUUGUAAAUAUAACGCAAACCUGAUCACCAUUUUAAAAAAGUUACCGAUUUACUAAUCACGAUUUAAAAGUCGGUGAAAGCUUUUCUCGCAGUUUAGACACGUAGGGUAUAUUUUCCCUUGUUGUUAACGGUCGUUAGUAUAAAUGAUCAGUUAAAACAGGUUAAACGAAAAGCCCAGCCUGUUUUAGGUUUGAAAAACUUAGUAAGGUUUUUUAGCAUGGAAACAUGGUUUUCUCGAUAUUUGCGAUUUAAAAAUAACCAGCAGUCGCCAAAUCAAUUAAGGAAACCGCUAAGAUUAAUAAAAAACGGGUCGGAUAAAACCAUGAUUUGUAAGACAGUUGUAAUCUGAAAAUUACAUGUAAUUUACCUUUUCAAGAGUCACAGAGCUGCUUUGUAAAGAAAUCGUUAAUAAUUUUUUCGCAUAUCCUAGAAUAAAGAAAUAUAUUUUUGACCGUUUUGAAAUAUUUUGCUUUGUUUGAAAAAGAAAAACGAAGUCGAUGAAAUUUCAUGGUGAUCUAGCAGCGGGGAUUAACGGGAUAAUCUUUUGUUAAAUUGUAGACACUGUUUCCAUUUAGUUUAUUAAAAUGAAGUCAGUUGAUGUGUUCCUUAAAAUGACAUGACAGAUGAAUGUUUAAAUACCUGCCAUAGAGAGAAUAAUUACCCUGGAGAUACGGACUGGGGGAAAGGCGUAAAGCGCCGUCAUGCAGACAUUUAUUAAUUCUAACGUGAUAGUAAGAUACUUCUAUACCCUUAUCAGGCCCUUUUGAGAACACCUUCAUCGUGGAGAGGCCAUUUCCGAGUUCCAAAAACUACGAAGCUAAGUGCAAUACCUUUCUUGAGAAAUUGAGCUUUAAUUUGCAUGAGAAUAUAAAGCCAUUUUCAUAUCAAUGGCUUCAGACUUAGCCUCACUUUAAAACAGAGGCCUGGGGCAACUCAGGAACGGCUCAUUCCCACAGUCUUUUAGUUCAUCAGUAUACUGAACUGGUACAACGUCUGAACACGAGGCUUCAAAGACUACUUUGCUUCGAGUUUUUCAUGUUUAUAAGGAACUUCAAGGUGCGAGCUUUACUGAACAACAGCCAGCACUGUGUAUGUAACUCCUUUUUUCGGAAAUCAAGCUAAGAGAAGUCAGUUCGGAUGUCCUUUACUUGUUCAUUUGUUUUUUUGUUCUUGUCUUGUUUGUUUGUUUUUUUGUUUCUUUUCUAAAGCUAAAAAGGGGGAAGCGGAAGCUUUAUUUGCUUAAGAAUGCUUGCUGGGUAGCGAUUAUCAUAUGAACAUAAAAACAUUGACUGAACCUGAAAUUGAUGGUAUUUUGUUUUAACGACACCAGCAACAGCAAAUCCCGAUCAUCAACAGGAAAACAAACAAUUGAGCCCACUGAGUAAAUGGCAGAUACAGCGGUGUUCCUCUCCAAGCGCAGGAUUUUGCCAGGAAGAGUUAGUGAACGACUGGUUAGAAAGGAAUCACAUCCGGGUAGUUCAACGGCUUCCAAAAAUGGAUCCAACAGUGUUGGUAGGACUUCAAUAGGCACUUCCGAGUUCCAAAAACCCUCUUUUUCAAAAUGAGGCUAAGUGCACAACCUUUCUUGUGAAAAUGAGUUUUAUUUGCAUGAGAAUGAAAAAUCAUUUCCCUAUCAAAUGCUGAGCACUUAACCUCGUUUUGAUACCGAGGCCCGGGGGAACUCGGGAACGGCUAACUGUUUAAAUGCCACUUAAGAAAUGAGAGGAAACUGGACCGAGUUAAUUUUCACGAAGACAUCUGGGACUUCAAAGCCAAUAACAUCACUGCUUAACUGCACGACAGGCGAUCAAUAACAUCGCGACUUAAUUGGCCAAUCAAGUCAAAAACCAGAGUUUAAUACCAUCAACUGACAUGAUACAACUCACUUUGACUCUGAAGAUGGCUACCGCAGGGGUGGUCGAGGCGUCAGUCACUGUCAACAACAGUCCUAUUCAGGACUACGAUCACCCGGACGAUUACGCUUCACCUACUUAUGAAAUGGCUCCUGGGUUCAAAUCUUUCACACUUCUGGGACUGUUACUGCUGGGACAGGGAAAACAAAUUCGCCAAUAUCUGAAUGGGCUUCCCCAAUAACAAUCCCAGAAACAAUAGCGGGACGCAUUUGGCUCCAGUUCCCUUCUCAUUUCUAAAGUAGCGAAUUUGCGUCAUUCCAACUUUAAAAAAAAAUUGCUUCAUUCAAUUUUAUCUUGACCUUAUUAAAAAUGGUGAAAAACCAGUAAAUCGGGACAGUUUCUUGGGGCUCGAAGUUCAUUCAAAUUUUCCGUCUUGUUUCUUUUGUUUGCUCGGGAACCGUCAAUCUCAAUUGUCUAAAGAAAACUAAUGAGGCAAUCUUUUAUCAUAAAAUACUUCAAUAAUAAGAAAAUUAAGCUACUUUCUUACUAACGAGACAACUUCCAACAUUGGUGCGCCAACAAUGUUGCGUGUUGAUGCAUCUGCGUCGCAGUGGUGUGCAAAUGGAUACAGCAACUCCCAGCAACACCCAAAAACAUGCAACAGGGUUUGCAACGGACGCAACAUGUAACAUCCAACAAUGUUGCGUUCGUUUGCAGGGGGGCUUAAGUCUCCCACAAAUUCCGCGUUACUCAAUCAAAUAUCUCUUUCUACCGAUUUUUGUUUCCUUGUCUUGCUUUUUACCAAACAGACCAGUCGUGGCACGGAUGUUUCAAAAUACUUCAGCUUCAUCCACCCUCCUCCAUUUAGCAUAAAGGUGCUCUCCCCGGAAGACAAAAGAUCAAGAGAGAACACCCAGAGAAGGGUAUGUUGCGACAAAGGAUAGAGAUUUUCUGGCUUAUAGUUACAAUAGUAGUGUGGAAUUGUCUGGAAUAGGGUAAGGGGCUUGGAAGCCUUGCCUAAAAGGUGGUGGCAAAAUACCAUUUACGAAGAUCUGGUUUCAGCCAUUUUGAGGUUGUGCCUCAGACUGGGUCGGUGUUGCAUCAAAUUACACCAUGGGGCAGUCAGUUUUAGGUUGCCUGGCAAGCAAUAAUAGUAAUAGCAAUAGUAUUCGUAAUAGGCAAUGAAAGAAGUGAUAGCGUCUCCAUAUUGCAAUUCGACCGACCGACUCCCAUGCUCAACCUGAAAAUGGCCAAUAAGCUAAUGGUUCCCAGGUUCCCAGGUUCCCACGGUACACACCGAUCCAAAAUCAUAAAGGGGUCCAUGACAGGCAAGACUUUGUCAAGAUUCUUCAGUUUGAUUUUUUUUUCUCACAGACUGCUCUUCCAGAAUUGACUUCACCUUGCCCUCGACUACUCAGAAGCCAGAGGUCCGAUAGGGUAAGUUUCAGUCGCAAGAAUAUUUCAGCUGUGCGAGAGAUCCCCUCACCUGGCCUUCACUGUGUAAUUCUUUAUUUAUUUAUUCAUUUAUUUCGGACACACAAACAAUUACAAUACAUUACAUUUACAAUUCAUUACAGUAAAUUCUAAUUAUCGGUUACUAAAUUGUGGAAUUCUACCAUCACUGCUCAAACUGUUAAAGAAGGCUUAUAGCAAGGCAAUAAAAUGUCUAAGCUAAUUAAAAGGUGACUUUUCAACGUUAUUAGAUUUCUUCAGGCAGAUCAUGUUCUCGCAAAUGGCUGCUACCUUAGGGUGCUUAUUAGAGCUCAAGCAUAAGCAGUAACGACAACGGCUACGAAAACGUCACCAAAAAAGUGAAGUCGCGCUGCAUUUUAUUCCAUCUAUUUCAAUUUGUCCACAAAUGUUGGCAAUUUUUCUCUGGAGUUGAAUUCUGAAAGACUGAAUCGAAGUUCAGGAAAGGAGAAAGAAAGUCUUUUCUUGUGUUCACACCUUCCACAAAACGUGAAAAUAGGCAUUUUCACGUCGUAGUCGUGCAAUGAGGGCAAAAACAAUGUACAAAAAAAGUGUGAUGCACGUGCAAAGUUGUUGCUUUGUCAAUCUAAACCUGUUGCUUUUUUGCCGUUCUGAGUGACGUCGCCAUCGUAGGUGCUUAAGCUCCCAAAUAUUAGUCAGAGGUGACAGGCCAGUCGUAAAGAGGAGUCUAUCAUUAGUCCGAACUUUUCAUUCAGAUCAUUCUCUUCGCAAACACUAUGCAUGCUAGUGAUCGUUUGUUCUUGUUGUUGUUGUUGUUUACAAUAAAUCUUGAAAAAACAAACCAACUCCACCAACGCCAGGGUCCACACGGCUAGAUCUGACUCUUUUUCACGAACCCCCAUGUCUAAAUCUGUUGCUUUUUUGCCGUUCUCAGUGACGUUGCUGUCGUCGUUGCUUAAGCUGCCCAAAUAUUAGUCAGAGGUGACCGGCCCAGUCGUAAAGAGGAGUCCAUUAUUAGCCAGAACGUUUCAUUAAGAUCAUUCUGUUCGCGAACACUAUGCAUGCUAGUGAUCGUUUGUUCUUUUGUUGUUGUUUACAAUAAAUCUUGAGGAAACAAACCAACUCCACCAGCUCCAGGUUCCACACGGCUAGAUCUGACUCUUUUUCACGAGCCCCCACGUUUGCCAUAUUGGAAUCGCAUCAUAUUAUUAAAUUUGCAAAAUCAGAGACUGAAGGGGCCUGUUUCCAGUUUUUUAGAGGUAAGGUAACUCAGCGUGCCGUGUCCACAAGGGUAAACACGGAAGUUUUAUUCAUGACUUUUGUUGUGUUGUAGGAUGCUUUUGCACUAAAUCCUGUCAUACGAGUUGGCGGAGGUUACCGGAGACUAAGCUGGAAGGUAGAAAGGUUUUUUUUUUCAUUUCACGAAAUCUUCCCGUCACCUCCAGUCGAAUAAUUAAAAUAAAGAUCAUCUGUUCUCCUCUCUUCCAUCGUUAAGACUUGCACUACCCGAGGAAUUCCAAGCAAGUUUAAACCUUUUUUCUCAAAACUGUAUAAGGAGCAAAAAAAUUGUGAGUGAGGGGCAUAUAAUUUACAUUUUUUUUCAGUUGAUUUAUUAUUUUAAGAAUUCAAAGUCUGAUAGCACCUUGGGUAUUUGGGUGAGAACGAGUUUUCUAACAUUCUUCUGAGAUGAAGAAGUAGUUGAUUGUUCUCAAACGAAACAUCAUUGACUAUCAGACUUUAUAAAAUAACUGAGAUAGUACGCGUGAUCUGAUUGGUCAAAAACCUAUGGUUUAUUAUACCGGUAAACCCAUAGAAAAAGGCAUCCGGACCACGAGCCAUAAACAAAACCCGCUAUUGAUCUGCAAACAACGAUUUUAGAAAGGCUAAAAAACAGAACAAGUUACUUACCCAGCCCUUCUUAAUAUUAAAAACGUUGGUUUCCACAUUUUAUUACUGAGCCUCACAAUUCGCUACUGCCAUAGCUUUAGAAGUUAUAAAGUACAAAGCUGGAAAACUGUCUACAUUUCACGACGAUGCCAAUCGCAGAGAAAGACAAUAACUGUGUGAAUUUCUGGUGUAGGAAGUCUCUAGGAAAACUUACCCAUGUGCCAACCAGCAACAAAACGGAUAGUUUUAGCAUUCUUGAUUUAUUUUAUGUCAAAAUUAAAUGCCUUAAUGAAAGAAAUUGUUCCAAAAAGAGAUCUCUGAUCAAGAUAUGGUACAAAAUCUGCCGCUGUGGGUUGUAAACAAGCUGCCAACGAUGAUGAAAGAUGUCAGAGUUUCGUGCCGGUUUUUUCCAACAUUUGCACAAAUUAUUCGGUGAUAUCGAUGCCAUAACCUACCUCAAACCACCUGACUUCACGAAUCGACAAAUAUUUACGCCAAUAUGUGGCUACGGCAAAGAAACCUUUCUCCACCACUGACAUAUUUCCAUCGGUCGCUGUACGCGCAUAUAAAGUUACAUGCGACAACUUCGCAAAUGCAGCCACGUCGUUACCCCAGCAUUUCUUGAUCAUAAUAGUCCAGAAAACAGAUCUCAAACCACUGCAGCUUGUAAAAAGUGAAUGAAGUCCUCCAUUACAAUAGCUGUCAGUUCCGUCUGUAACAAUGAAAUUCUUACGAUCGACUCAACAAAAUACAGCUGCGUACAGUCUGAUGUUCAAUUAAUUUCUACUUCUGUAGUAAACAAACCAUGAACGUAUUCUUUCAUUGUAUGUUCGCAUGAAUAUGUGUUGACUUUUCCUGUAAAACAACUUUCAUAAGUUAUCAUGUAAUGAGUGCAAAAACUCGUGUUUUGAAGUGCUGUUGUUUGUUGUUUGACUGAACUGAGUUUUGAGAAAGUUCAACGCUAUUAAAUCGUGAGUCAUGAUUGGCUUAUGAUGACUUUAGAGAGAAGACGUGACUUGAUCACGGUACUAGAACCAUAUUUUUUACCUAAAACACUCCAUUCUUCUAGAAGUUAUUUUAUAAAAGCAAUAGACCACACUUUCUAUGGGUUUACCGGCGUGAUAACCCACUUGGGAUGUUGGGAGAACACUCGAAAAGCUUGUAAAUCACUCGCCUUCGGCUCGUGAUUUACAAACUUUUCUCGUGUUCUCCCAACAUCCCGCGUGGGUUAUCACGCCGGUAAACCCAUAGAAAGUGUGGUCUAUUGCUUAAAUAUAUAUUCGUCCUGUUUGUUUUCCGUUUUGCCAGGUUCUUGACGUCCUUCCUUCAAUAGGCCAGUAUGAUCCCGAUUUCUCUCCUGGCUACAGGUGUACAUCAUGUAACGCAAGGUUGCUUGUCACGGAAAAGAUCACGAACUCUCGAGGGAAAAUUCGUACGAUACUAGCAACCCCAAAACGGUGCCAUAAAUGUGGAACUCCUACCAUGGAUUAUCAAGCACUUACUGGAAACGACUUACAUGAAAGCGUUCUGGACACUUUGAGCAGAAGGGACACUAGAUUUAUCGUUGAUCAUAGGCAUUUUAAUAAUGCAAGGGAACCGCGAUCUUCCCCGAAAGAUAACGCGAGAGUAUCGCCGGUUUCCAGCUCAUUAGAUUGGCACGAUGAUAUGGAGUCUUUCAGACUACAUAUGAGCAGACAAAGCCAAAUAGAUGACGAACUGGAAGCUAGAUACCAAGUUUCCCAAAUGCCACGCUCCGAAUCAGGUGACAGUGUAUUCAUAACUGAACCUGGGGCGGACAUCGAUAAAAUAAGUGAACCUCGUGAUGUGCGACGCGCAUGGGAUGAUGGUUCAGAUCGAGCGGAAGUGACGAAAGAAUAUGAGGAUAGAAGUGGGGAGUGGGGUGAUGCGGAGCAAACCGGAAGUUGUUGGUCCGAUAUAACUGAUCGUGAUGAUGACAUUUUGAGUGACUUUGAAAUGAUAGAAGACUAUGAUCCGGAAUCAGGAUUUACAGUGUGCUUGCGCAGGAAGACAUUUGGUGAAACUGCAAAGCCUAGUGAUUUGAUACAAGGUAAUCAAGAUGAGAAAGGUGUGGGAAGGAAGUCAAAAGAACAAAGAACAGAAAUAAAGGAGAGAAAACAUGGCCAUUAUGAGGAAAAAUUUGCACGAAAAGAAAAGGCGACCAGUAAGCCAAAAAGAAAGAGGAAAACAAGUAAACAAAUUCCCGUCGACCAAAAAACAAACAAGCCAUCACGGUCAGGUGAAGUCGUCGGCGAUGAAGAGGAAAUUGUGAAUGUAGAACAAAAAGUGACUAAAGCAGAUAGCGCAAUUAAAAAAUAUAAAACAUCUUUACCAAGAAUGGAUUCAUUUUACACGGUGGGCCUGGACAGACGUGAUCUUGUUUUUUCUUCGGAACCAGUCAUCGAAGUGAGUGACGAAGAUGAUUUCAUAAUCAAUCCUGAGACAAGAGUCAGCGGGGACUCUUUAUCUGAUCCAGAAUUCAUAGCGGACAGCUGGAGUAGUGUAUCCCGUCGUUCUGGUUUAGAGAGAAGACCCUCCAAGCCUUCCCCAUCUGAUCAGGUACCUUUUUUUUAUUCCAAAGAUGUAAAUUAUUUUAGUGAAUAAAUACUAUCUUUUUGGUUAUAAAGUGCACUUGCUUUUUAGAGGUACCCCAAAUUUUUCAACACAAUUUUGUAAAGGUAAAAAAACUGAAAAUUUAGCUAAAACACCCGGCCAUAAGGCUCAACAGCGAUUUUUGGUGGUUUUCACUGAAAUGCAACAACAGACCUUCCAACGGUGCUAAUCGCGGUUAUUCUUCUUACUAAUUGGCCCUACUUUUAGAACAACAACAUAAUUCCCCUUCAUCUCGUUUUCGGAACAAAGAUUUUUUUGUUCAAUUUUAUUCACGGCUUGGUUUGAAGUUUACCGGUAUAAUUGUACCAAAGCAUACAUCGUUUUCCAGGAAGUCAAAUAAGUCUUACUUGAAAACAAUGCGCUAUUGAAUUGCGAAUAGCUUAGCCUGCAUCUUUUCAUUGUUUCAUUAGGAGUACGAAGAAUGCUCGUCGUCAAUGACCAUAUCGCCAAGGCAGCAAGACGGCUAUCUGGCUGACAGUGAAGGGAACGCUGACCUAAGUUCAUUAUAGGCCCAAAUUCAACAGGCUCGAAGCGAAGCGAGGAAAAAUCAAAGGAAAAAGGAGGAAGUGAAAGAGAUGACGAGAAAGGCAUCAAAAGGUAGAAGAGAAAUAGGUAAGACUAGAAGAUACGGCCGAGCCGGGAGGUAAAAAGCCAACUUUAGGUUUUUAGUAAAUUUACUUCUUAUGUGCUGUACAACGUCGUUAAAACUAUGUCAGUAGUGGGUUUGAUCUCUUUUAAUAUCUAAAUAUUAUUAUCUUAUUUGCAGUCGCUGAACGCUCUGAUUCACGAAGACUUUCGGGAGAAGACGGUUUAAAGAAAACCCCGGUAACCAAUGGCGACUGGGACAGCGACUGGGAUAGUGAUUUCAGUUUACACGUUCAUCCUCUUAGCGAGCUAAGUAUGUCGAGCAGUGAGGAGGAUCAUUGGCAGAAAGGCGGUGAAGGGAAAACUAGUAAGACUGGAAAACAAGAGAGAUUAAGAAAAGAAUCUGAUAAGACUGUUUCUAAUGCUGCAAGGAGAAAAGAGAGCAGGCUGGUUGAUACGGACCAACACAAAGGCACACUUAAAGGAGGUACUGGUAGAGAUGAGAUUUCGCAGGGUAGUGCGGGCGAGACCCCUGUAAGACAAAGGAAAUCAAGUAAGAAGACGAUCGUUAAACCUAUUCCAACGAUUGGCUCAGGUAAAAUAUAAACGAAAAUAACCUGAAAAGAGAACCGACAUUUCGCGAGGUCAUCACCGGUUUCCCAGAUGACGUGUCACUACCCUGAUCUGGGUAGUGCUUUUGAUUGGUUUAAAAUUUGCUUCAGACACUAUAAGAAGCACCACUCAAAUCUGGUUUGUGACACGUCAUCAGUAUGGAAUUGUAGCCCUCUUUCCUCAGACGUCAUAAAGCAUUUCGUGGGAAACAAGUGGUGACGUAGCGAAAUGUCGCUUUUUUUUCUCAGGCUAAUGAGAAUAAUGAUUUCGUGUCAUGUUCAUGUGUGUGUCAGAUCUUAGUUUUUAGCGUUGGCUCACUAACAAACAGAGCAUUUGUUUCUACUGCGUCCACGAGAGUCUCGUCUUUCCGCUACCUACUAUUUGAUGGUUGAAUUUAUGAGAAUUUUGACCUGAAGCUUCUAGAAUGACGAAAGAUGCAAAUAACAAAAAAAAAAGGUUUCCGAUUUCCUGCAUUACAAGUGUGUGUGGGGUGGCUGUAAAUUUCAUAUAGGGUAAGAAAAAUUACUCAUGUCUGAUCCAGCUUUCCAUUUUGCUCAAUGUACUUUAAAGCUAACGCUUACGAUGAUAAAGAUAAAGAUAACUUAUGAUAAUGAUGAUGAUAAUUCAUGAUAAUGAUGAUGAUAAUUCAUGAUAAUGAUGAUGAUAAUUCAUGAUAAUGAUGAUGAUUUUUCUAACAAUUAGGAUCAGAAUCUGACGACAUAACACCUCGCCAAAGAAUGCGUGUACCACGUGACGAAGAUGACUUAAGCGAAAGUGACCUGAUAUAUUUUACACAGCAAUUUCAAGCGCCUCGUUCAAGGGAGAGUCACGGAAGAAAUACCACAGAAGAGGGGCCUUUAAGGUGCAGAGGAAUUGACUGUUAUCGAUGCGGAGCCCAUAUUUCCGAGUGUCAGGGACUUUGCGCGAAGUGCGGUACUAUGUGUCAGCGGCCGGGUGGACCAUGCAGUGCCUGCAGGGAUAUCUGCGAGAAUUGUAAUAAGCCAAGAUACAAGUGCACAUCCGCUUGUAGAAGACUAAAAAUAACCGAAGAUAUAGAGGUAGAGGAAGAAGAUGGAAAUGUUGGGUCAGAUGGUAAGUGGAAGUAAUGCCUGUAAAUGCGUUAAUACUGAGUGACAUGGGCACUUGCAUUCAUUUUGCUCGGGGUAUUUUCUCACGAAACUUUACUGCUAAAAAACGAUAACGAUGAUGAAGAUGAUGAUAACUACAUUACCUAAUGAUUAUACUGAUGUUAACAACAAUUAUAACAACACUCGUAAUAAUCAGAACAACGAAUGAUUUUCGUUUUGAUUUUGAUUUUAGACUUAUAGCUGUAGCAUGACACGAUGGCAACAAGGCUUAAGUGAAAAAUUUAUUCUAAACCCUAACCAACAUGGGCCAAAAAACUUUAAAGUCAUAUCUAUUGAAAGUUAUCUGUGGAUCACUUAGUAUUAACCCUCCAUUACUAUGCGUAUGACAGCAACAAUGUUUUAUUCAUGUGCAUCUAGAUUUUGACGGCGAACCAACUUUUGAACAGAACAAGAAAAGAUCUCUAAUAGGUAAGAGUUGUUACCUUAUCAAACAAAAUCGGCAUAAUGUAUACGCUACUACGUUUAAACUAGCUGUUUUUCGAGCGACGUGUAUCACAAUUACCCUGGAGACAAAAUGACCAACUGGAAUUUAAAACGUCAUUUGUAAUUGACCUUUUGCCAUCGUUUCCUUGAAAAGUUUCCUUACCAUCAUUUAUAGAGAAUUCAAGACCCGAGGACUCCUCCGCAGAAAAAGACGAACUUUACCUUAGGCGCAGCCAAUCAGAGCAUGCUGAAGAAAUAAGUAUCACAGAUCAGGUAUGGAGACUACUGUACAGUCUUGAACAAAACACCUUUGUUAAUUCCUUUCACAUACUAGAGAGCCAACUUUUAUAGUAAGCUGCCACUUUCACUUCUAUUAGAAAAGAGAUCUACACUCUCCCUGACAUUUCGUUCUAGACCUUAAAAUCAAUAAAUUAGGUUUGGUUUUGGUUCUGUGAACAAAUGAUUAUAAAUUGAACAGACAAUCAAACUAGCUUCAAGAAAUGCCUCUUGUACAUGUAUGUUUGGAACUGAGUGGAGGCGAUGUAUAAUAGUGCUACGCACGUUUGAAUGCGUUUUCGAGCCUUUGCUGUCUUAUCACGAUGUUCCUUAGACAACAUUUAGCGCUACACUGUCUCCCAUGAAGCAGGAAAAGGUGUACAUUAGCCGGCGAGCAUGGAUAACCCUUCCUAUGGACAAAAAAGUAUGUAUUAUGUCAAAAGAGGAUAAUGGGCUCCACUAUUUAUUAUGUCCAGAGUAGAGAAGUAAAACUUCAAGCUGCUACAUGCUACAGAAUUCAGGUUCGGCUCCAGCGCAGUUUGGGCUGCCUGUGGCUAAUAAGAGCUCGUGUAUUUGUUUUAAAACUAACAGGCAAUACAGGCUUGUAUAGCGUGCAUACAAAACACAAGACAAAUGAAUCUUUAAAGCUCGACCUACUUGUAAAUUAAUUUUGUUUUUUUUUAAGUCCCAGAACAUACAAACAAGGAGGAAAGAACGAAAGAACCGGUAAGAAUUCAAAUAUUUUUCAAACUGGUCCAUCCUCAGUUGUUUCAAAGUGCAACUUACUUUAACGGAUAAAUAGUAGAAUGUAGUCUUCUAUUUCAAUACGUCUUCAAUAGACUGUCUAUUAAUUCCGAGUGAAGUUUCUCAAUUACAUUGAGACUGAACCUAUUUUCAUACAAGUCAAGUCAAACUUUAUUUUAGCAGGUUGACCCUAACAGCCCUUAGCUGGUAUUAAAGCUGGUAAUAUCAGUUGCUCGAAAGACGAUUUAAAACCCCGGUUUUGUUACCAUGACUUAAUUGGUCGUACAGGGGUCUUAAUAUAAGGCUAUGCUAUGCUGUUGUAUCGGCCAUGAUGAGGACGAAACAGCUGUCUGGGUCGUGGUUUGGUAUCGAUGUGUGUCACUUUUUGAACUGUGUCACGAAAUUUAUUCAAAAUUCAAACUAAGGGAACUGCCACCAAUAAAAUAACAGCUUUAAACAUGAAAAGAGCGUUUUGUCCAUCCCCAUUCCUAACACCCUAAUGAUAUUGGCAUUCCCUGUGACCCUAACCCAAAUCGCUAAGGUAAUAUGAGAAGGGGAUGCCCGGAUCCUAGGUAAGGGUUUUGGGAAUGGGAUGCCCAUAUCACUGUAAGACCAGGCUUCGAACAACUCGGCCCAGGUCUCCCUUUUAUAAAGAGGUUUAGGAAAAGGUGAAAAUUGUCAGAUAAAUAUCCUCAGAUCUCGUUUGAAAUUGAUAGGGGUCCUCCUACGGAGAGAAAGAAGAAAGACUUGAACAAUGUUAAACGCGUCAGAGCAAAAAUAAACCAAAUGUCUCUAAACGUGGACGAAGAAAAUAACCUAGAAAAAGAAAUAGAGACGGAAAUGGACGAGGAGCCGGAGGCAGAGGAAGAAAAGGUAUUUAGUCUAGAUAAUCAUUUAUUGAUGUAACUUGUGUAGUUUGAACAACCGGAAAACAGUUCUGGGGCACACACUCAGUUGUGAAUGCACAUAGGACUUAUUGAUAAAUAAAAGAAGAUAGUAGAUUUCAAGCUUGGUGAAGAAAUGAACACAUCACCCAUUUUUCAGGACUUUUAUUAAGUACAAAAUAAACGAGUAUCGUCUCGAGGACUUAAUGGCUUCUAUAUCUGUAUAUAGUUGUGAAAUUCCGUUUUUUUCCCUGUGGAGGUGAAGAAUUAAGGCGUGUGGAAAUAGAGGGGUGGGAAGCAAAGAAACCUUGUCAAGUUCGUCAAUCUAUUUCACUGCCCUGAGGCCGGUAAACCUCUCAUCUUUGUUAAGGGACAAAAUGCAGGGAGCAUCCCUUUGAUCGGGGCUACCUCCAUUUGGGGAAAGAUUAGUGUUUCUUUAGUCCUGAUACUCAUUGAGACCUGAUGAAACAGUAUCUGGUUGGGACAGCUGUGGCUAUUGGGUGAUUUUUGUCUUUUUCUUUUUCUUAAGAAGAAGAAAAAGAAAAAACUGUAGAACUGAACCAUGAUUUAAUUUCUAUUUCUAAAGGACCCUGAAUUGUUUGAACCGUUGGCAAAAGAGGAUGUUCCCUCCAAACCUGAACCGUCUGCAUACUCCAGCAGUUCAAUUAGAAAAGCAAAACCUUCCAAGAAAGUCAUAUCACGGACUGUUGUUUAUAAAGAAAGAGACAAACCUUCAAAAACGAAACCAAAAGGAGCAGAAGAAGAACCUGACGAAGAAGAUAAUGGCAGCAAAAAUGGUUCUGUGGUUGUUAGUCAGUCGCCAUUCGAAGAAACUGAGGAGAUUACUGAAGAAAGACCUGUAACUGUAAGCGAGGAGACUGGUAAAGGUGAACUGUCCACAGAGCCGAGGACUGGGGAGGAGACGGUACCUAAUAGAAAUGAUAGUAAUAAGGAUGAGGUCAAAACAGAGUUGGAAGAAACAAAGUGGACUGAAACUAACGAAAAUGUAGAGAAAGAAAAGGAGAUGAAAGAAAAAGAGAAAAAAGAGGAGGAAAGAAAAAAGCAAGUUGUUCCAAAGGGUAGGUUACUGGUUAUUAAAAUGUGAAUCAGAAACAGGAAUAUUGUUUUUGGAUGAAUAAUGGAUAAUUAGUUACAUGCCGUUACUUGGUUUCAUUUUUUUUCCUCAGUUCGUGGAGUGAUGAGAGUGAACGCGGCAUUUAAGGAACGAGCAGAACUGGCAAAGAGAUUAAAAAGUGUCUUAAAGUAAGAUAACGUGUAGCCUUUGCUAUUUAAGAAUUUAAGAAAGUUCUUUCGUUUUUUCUUAUGUCUGAAUACCAGUGGGGUAGAAGAUAACCGACUCAUAAUUGCUUUAUAUCAAGAUUCCAACGACCUAUCCGAUACCCUUCUGUGAAGAGGCACGAACGAGAACUGACCAAAUUGUAAUCAAGUCUCGCGUGGUAGCAACUAUUUCAACCGCCUUACCUUGAUCUCUCUCUUACAUCACAUUAAUCCUUUCUGUGAAUGAUUUGAACCCAGGAGUCAUGUAAUAAAUAAGUGGAAUAUGAUCGUCCCUAUGAGUGUAAUCCAGAAUAGGACUGCAGUGUUUGACGUUCGCACAAUCUGUGGGGUAGUCAUGUUCAUAAUCAAAGUGAGUUGUAUCUCGUCAACUCUAGUUAUCGACCUGAUAGGUCAAUUAACUCGCGUUGUUAUUGGUCGUCUGUAAGUUAAGCCAUGAUUUUGUUGGCUUCGAAGACUCUUAAAUUAAAUGAGCGUCUUGCGUUUCGAUCCGUCUUUUGUCAUAGUAAAGCGUUUCUGUUUUCUAUAGGGACGCCAUCAGUGACGUGAUUGGACAAGCCGACAUAAAAACGCGUAAAGGUAUUUCAUUUGAUUGAUGAACCGAUACAAUGAAAAAAAAUUGUCCUUUGAUCAUUUAUAAUUAAUUUUAUAAUUUUCUUUUGAUUUAAAAACCGAUGAAAUAAAAAACUGUCCUUAAUGUUUAUAAGCGACCGUUCCAUUGUAGCUUGUUUUGACAUACCCUUCCUAAUAUGAACCAAAAAAAAGAAAAAAACUCCUGAUAAAUCAUUGCUUGUUUUGCAGACUCCACGAUUGAUUAUAUAGCGCAGUAUCGACUCGUAAACCGGAGUCAUCUGGAAAUGUACGGCCGGGCGUUUACACUUGAAGAUGAAGAUGAGGAUGGGCUUAUUUCAUAUGAGGUAAUGCUUGUUGUUUGUAACAAUCACUGCAGUUACUGAAGGUAACAUAAAUCUGGAGAAAAACUUUGGUUUCAAAAUAAAGCAUAAAGACGAUUUUCUCCCCAAAGCGUUGCGAUCAAAGAGAAAACGGAAAGGAAACGCUUUGUAAAGUUGAAGGUUGCUACGUUUACAGGAAUUCGUAAGUUAAAAAAUCAAAACAAAACGGUUUAGAAACUAAAACGGAAAGAACUGGAAUCGGAAGGUGUAGAGAAAGAUCGGCCUUCCUCGUACCUCGGGUCUGUGUUCCUUAGGGAUAUACAUGCUUUGAAAACCUUUCGAGGUUAAACUAUUUUUAUUAUUUGCACAGCAAAUGCUGCUAGCCUUGGAGGGGGUACCAAGCGUUGCAGGAAUGUCUAGGAAACAGCUCAUGUUCGUUUUACAGGUAAGACAUCUGGUGGCUGAGAAAACAGUUAUCGCAGAUGUAGGUGUGCUUUUAUUAGACGUUACUUUUAUAUAAACGGAAUAACAAACAAGAAAGCACGGUUGACACUAAAGGCAAGGUAAAACGGGCGUCGAAAAAGUUCAUGUUGUUUUCGGCAGCAUUGCGGCAAAACGUGUUGAAAAGCUAUGUCGCGCGUUUUAGCGCACACGAUCUCAAAACUGUCUUACAACAAAUCAGUUUGUUGCAGGUUGCGAAAAGUUUUUGCAGAAUGUAGAGAGUAGUUCUAACUGUUGCAGCAAAAUCUGUACAUGUUUCUCGUUUUGCCGGCCCAAGGAAAACUUGUUUUGCAAUAAGUGACGUCCAGACUCCAGCGUAUGACUUGACUCGAUCCCGCGUAAUUUCAGUUAAAGUCAGUUUUCACGCAACUUACAACAACCUGAUUUGUUUCAAGAAAGGUUUGGUUUGUGGGCGGUAAAAACGCGCAAUUUCGCUUCUCAACUCGUUUUGCAGCAAUGUUGCCUGUUUUUGUUGUCCGUUUUCACGUAGCUUAAGGUGGUAGGAAGGUUAUUAAAAUGCCAGUAUUUCUGCUAUAUAAAUUCACCUGUAAAUGCUGAUUUUGAAUUAAGUUUCUUAUUUAUUAUUAAGAUAAGCGCGGAAAAAUUAAAUUCAAACUACAUGUUUUAAACUCUAUGUAGAGAAAAAAAAUGAUUUUAUUUUCUCAUUCCGGUAAAAGAGUGAUCUUCUUUUUCCAAAGCCUGUUUUAAUGUACGGUACAGCAAAUGGCUUUGUUGAAUUUUUUAUGAGUCUUUUAAAACAAACGGAUUUUUUAUGAGCAAAAUAUGAUUGAACAGAUCUCGAUCGAAAAAAUCUGAACAUGGGUUCAUUAUUUCAUUAAUCAAUACUAGUCAUAUUUUCAGCCCUUUUUAAAUUUUCGGGGUAACAUUAUCAGGGGAACUGUACAGGCUGUAUGAUGAUCGACCCGUGAAGAAAAAAAAUAAAUAAAUAAUAAAAGGCGAAGGCCGCUUAUUAGCAAGUAGAUUGAACACCGAAUUUAAAUUUAUAAAUAUGUGCGUAAGGCUGUUUAUUUUUACUUCGCCUUUGACAUUUAAUUAUGAAAUCAUGAAUACACUUCAGUUCAAGCGCGGAUUACUGGGGUAUAAUCGCAAAAUAAGCUCUUUAAUUUUCCCACCAACUAUGCACUACUGUUUUUUGAUGAAAACUUCAAAAAGUAAUUUUGUUUUUCUGUAAAAUUAAUUUUGAUUUUUGGGACAAAAUGCUGCCUCCCUUUUUAAAUCUAAUCUGCUUGAGAAAUUUCCUCUUUUUUUCCCUUUGAAUUUAAUGUAAAAUAUAAUAAAUAUUCGAAACGGAUUAUUUUUUUAAUCACAACGUCGAAGCGUUCAGAUCAUGCGGAACAAUAAACUCUCAAAUUCGUCUUUAGUGGGCCAUUUAUCUUUUGAUAUGCUUGUCGUUGUUAAUGUUCCUGGCGCUGUCGCAGCUCUCUGUCUUUGAAGUAACAUAGCGUCGUUCAUCAAGUUCUCGUUUGAGCGAGAUUUUGGAUCAUCCUUUUUCAUCCCCUGCUUAGAAGAUAUUGCUGCGAUCGUUACUUAUAAAAUUUGUGGCUGAUAAGGUACCUGAACAUUGGCCACAGUUUAUCUCACGCAGCUCUUUCUGGCUUUCCAAAAGCGAUAUUCUCCGAUUAAUUCGCUUUACAAUUUCUGAAGGUUUUCUUCUCCCAAAAUACGGGUCAUCAACUUUAGUACAACCCAUUUUCUUGCCUGGAAAUUCCAUACUCCUGAAUCAAUCCCAACACAAAAAUAACGCCAUGUCAACUUCUUCAAAUAUGUUUGCAAUGUAUUGCUUGCGUAAAUUUUGUCGUUGGCUCCCGUUUUUUCUGCUUCUGAAUUAAGCUCUUUGACUUUAAUUCGUUGUUAAUCUCGGACUCUUUGAAGUAAUCGCUUUUAUCUUCUUUUUAAGGCAACCUUUGUAACCGAUUUUAAAUCGUGUUUUCGUCGAAAACAACGACACAAAAGUUCGUCACAAUGAAGAGGCUGUACUGUUCGUUGUUCCUAAAAUAUCAAUUAUAGUUUUUGUAAAUGCUUGAGUUCUUCUAAAGAAGAGAACAAUAGGGUUAAAUGAGUAGUUAUGCUUCACCAAAGAUAAGCCCCUUUUCGGACUUCGUUGGACUUCCUGCACACUAAUUUUUGACUUCCUCCAUACUAUUAAGGAUACUCGCCAAAAAUGCGUUGCUGCAUACUAAUAAUCUCGAUCGAAAAAAUCUGAACAUGGGUUCAUUAUUUCAUUAAUAAAUCAAUACUACAGUAGUCAUAUUUUCAGCCCUUUUUAAAUUUUCGGGGUAACAUUAUCAGGGGAGCUGUACAGGCUGUAUGAUGAUCGACCCGUGAAGAAAAAAAAUAAAUAAAUAAUAAAAGGCGAAGACUGCUUAUUAGCAAGUAGAUUGAACACCGAAUUUAAAUUUAUAAAUAUGUGCGUAAGGCUGUUUAUUUUCACUUCGUCUUUGACAUUUAAUUAUGAAAGCAUGAAUACACUUCAUUUCAAGCGCGGAUUACUGGGAUAUAAUCGCAAAAUAAGCUCUUUAAUUUUCCCACCAACUAUGCACUACUGUUUUUUGACGAAAACUUCAAAAAGUAAUUUUACUUUUCCGUAAAAUUAAUUUUGAUUUUUGCGACAAAAUGCUGCCUGCGUUUUUAAGACCCUGUUUACAUGGAGUGGGGGACCCCGGUCUAGUGGCGUAGGUUUUUUUUUGUUUUGUGUCCUCCAGAGCGUGAAAACAAAAGAAACCAACCCCACUAGACCGGGGUCCCCCACUCCAUGUAAACAGGCCCUAAAUCUAAUCUGCUUGAGAAUUUUCCUCUUUUUUUCCCUUGAAUUUAAUGUAUAUAAUAAAUAUUCGAAACGGAUUAUUUUUUUAAUCACAACGUCGAAGCGUUCAGAUCAUGCGGAACAAUAAACUCACAAAUUCGUCUUUAGUGGGCCAUUUAUCGUUUGAUAUGCUUGUCGUUGUUAAUGUUCCCGGCGCCGUAGCAGCUCUCUGUUUUUGACGUAACAUAGCGUUGUUCAUCAAGUUCUCGUUUGAGGGAGAUUUUGGAUCAUCCUUUUUCAUCCCCUGCUUAGAAGAAUUGCUGCGAUCGUUACUUAUAAAAUUUGUGGCUGAUAAGGUACCUGAACAUUGGCCACAGUUUAUCUCACGCGGCUCUUUCUGGCUUUCCAAAAGCGAUAUUUUCCGAUUAAUUCGCUUUACAAUUUCUGAAGGUUUUCUUCUCCCAAAAUACGGGUCAUCAACUUUAGUACAACCCAUUUUCUUGCCUGGAAAUUCCAUACUCCUGAAUCAAUCCCAACACAAAAAUAACGCCAUGUCAACUUCUUCAAAUAUGCAUGCAAUGUAUUCUUUGCGUGAAUUUUGUCGUUGGCUUCUGUUUUUUCUGCUUCUGAAUUAAGCUCUUUGACUUUAAUUCGUUGUUAAUCUCGGACUCAUUGAAGUAAUCGAUUUUAUCUUUUUUUUAAGGCAACCUUUGUAACCGACUUUUGAUGGUGUUUUCGUCGAAAACAACGACACAAAAGUUCGUCACAAUGAAGAGGCUGUACUGUUCGUUGUUCCUAAAAUAUUAAUUAUAGCUUUUGUAAAUUGCUUGAGCUCUUCUAAAGAAGAGAACAAUAGGGUUAAAUAAAAGUCCCUAUUCUUGUGGAAAUGUGUUAUUUUUUAACAAAACAAAAGAGUCGGAUGCAGAUAAUUUUUCCAAAAAUACGUCCUUCAAGUUUUCGUUCAGCCAAAUUUGAAAUUAUUUGACAUCAAAAACAUGUUGAAUGUACGUAAGUCUGCUUGAAUUUGUCACAACCUCGAGCUCUUAAUUUGUUUUGUCCAAAGUUGGCUGCAGUCUUUGUGUGAAAUUGAAGUUACCAAGGUGUUUUUUAUUGUUUAAGCCCACCAUGUCACGGCUAAAAUAGGCAGGUGAGAAUCAAUAUUUGCAUUCGAAACAGCGGAAGGCUUAAAACAAUAAUAACCGUGGACCGUCUUGCAAGUGGCAAGAAAGUAAUAACGGGGUGCUAAUUGAUUUCGCAAAAAUAAUUUCCGAACCCUUUCUUCUGUUAAGUUAAGUUAAACACGAAAGCAGUAAUUGAUGGAGGGAAAAGAACUGGCUAGGACUGAGGAACUCGUGAACUCAGGAAAGGUUAUGAAGGAUGAUCACUAACAGGGGCGCAGUGUGAGAUUAUGAAUUAAAGUGUACGCACGGAAAAAUAGCUAAUGUAGAUGCGCUCUAAACUAGUGGGCUUGGGAGGCUAGCCUGCGAACCGCAGACGUAUUAACGGUGGUCGCUUCUCUUCGACGACCGGAAAUACGUCCACGGUCGCAGGCUAUUGGGAGGCAUGCUCCUCCCGGGAAAUGUUUAAGUUUAGGGUCUCGAAAAUGCCAUUUCCUGCGUUUUCCGCGGGAUAUUUUUCAGUAAGUACGUCAGUUGUUUAUUUUACCCAUCUCUAGCGUUAUGGAAUAAUAAAAGGAUAAAGGAAAUACUAAAACAAGAGACACUUAUAAAAUGCGAAAAAUUUAUCAGUCAUCCCAAUUUGAUGAUAAAAAUGUUUUCAGGGGAAAACAAAAUCCAGAUUUCGGCUGAACGCACCGGCGUAUGUGAGUAUAUGGACGCUACGUUCCUGGCUGAUUUCUUCAGAGAACCGCCGCAUUUAAAUGCAUCACGAGCAUUGCUAACGAACUUUCGCACCCAAUCUACUCGACGCGUCUUGAUCAGCGUGUUGCAAAAUGUUAAAGACAUCUAAAAAUAUAUUAUGCUAAACGAAGCUACGUUGAUAUGGAGCCGGGCGACUUUUCGACCAGACAGUUCGUUCACUCGGGACCGUUCAAUGUUUUGGCUCUGUUCAAACGGAAUUUUAAGCGGCUAGGCGUCUAAAUUUUCGUACGGUUAAGGUGAUUCCGUGUGAACAGAACUCCUAAACGCACGAAUUUUCAACCAGUCAAAAAUUCGUCCAGUGUCGUGUGGACACUGCCUAAGUGGUUUGAUCUAGUUGUUUAUAAAACAGCGCUGUAAUGAAUCGGAUUUUCGGUGAAUCUCAUGGGUGAAUUAUCGUGACAAACUAACAGAACAUUUUCUGAUGAAAUGUAGGCAAAAAGUGCUUUCAGUCGUUGGUGUUCGUUAAGAUUUGAAGCUGUGCUUUCAGUUCUUAAUUUCUUUUGACUGCUGUACAAAAUAAUAGUAAUAGGAAGAAGAAGAAGAAGAAGAAGAAGAAGAAGAAGAAGAAGAAGUAUAGGUAAUAGCAUGAUUUGUAAUGUUAUUAGGCAUAACUACCAAGAGUGAUAUUUCGAAAUUGUUAUACGUAAUUUCACGAGCCGUUAUGCGAGUGUUUUUUGAGACAAUUUUGAAAUAUCACGAGCGGUUUUUAUGCCUAACAUCACGUACAAAGUAUGCUAUUAUUUGUUUAUACUAGUACCCGCAAUAGUUUUGUAAUUUUCACAUGUAGGUAUUUCAAAUUAAGCUGAAAUACCACUGCUCUAAGCCAAUCAAAUUGCAGAAAUUUCUCAGAAAUUUCUUAUUACUAACCUGAAAGUACUUUACUGCAGCAUACGUUUCUCUCUAUACCAGGUAUUGGACCUUUUCCCAGGAUCAAGAAUAACAUUUAAGAUGUUUUCGGUGACCACUGCGUUAUGUGAGAAAGUUAUGACUCUUGAGUAAGUUAUCUUUCUAUCUAUAGCUUUGCUGUGCAUUUAUUUGCCUGCCUACUAUGCCUACAAAAUGAAAGGUUUGUCUUAAAUUUUUCUUGUUUCAGUGAGUUUGUCAGGCAGCUGGUAGAGGAAAUCGACCUCUAUGAACUGGAAUGCAAGUUGGACAUGUUUAGGGUAAAACUGUGGUUUUUCUUUUACAUUUAGUCUCGUUUCUAUGUGAUCUUCCCCACGUUUUCCCGUUCAAAUCAUUCUGGUGACGUAGCUGGAACUUGCUAGCAUCAUAUGACCAAUCCAAAACACACUGAACAAGCAGCCAAAAUUUUGAGCCUAAGGAACUAGGCAGGAACCACAUAGGACUCGUCGAACCAAUUAACUGAAUCUGACCAAAGAGCAAUUUUAAUAAAUUUUCUCCCGAACGAGUCUAAAUAUACAUUAUCAUACAAAUUCAUUAGUUUAGUUCGUCGCUUGUGAAGCAGACGGAUAGAACGUGUUGGACGAUCCAAACUCUUUCAAAAGAACUUAACUGACCCAGACGUCGAACUGUUCAUGAACUUAACCCAUCGAAUUUGGUUCGUCUCAUGAAGAGCUCAAAGUUUGGCCUACACCUAACAUGUGACUUGACUCCAUAAAUUCAAACAGUUCUGUGAUUUCGAGUUUUAUUAUUCAUGAGACUUUGUUCUGAACAUCUCUUUCCAGAAAAUGUUCUUCGUGACUGGGGACUAUUCGGUGAAUUUCAUCACUGCUGAUCAGCUAAGAAUCGAGCUUAAGGCCGGCGGGCUCAACCAACAGCAAGAAAAUCACGUGAUUGGUCACAUACUGCAGUCUACUCAGGCGUGGGAGGUAAGUGCUUAAAAAAAGAACGAUAAUGAUUCAAGGACAAUUGUUCAAAUACUCUUCUUGUACGGUUGUCUAGUACAUUUAAAGACAUGUCAAUUUGUUGUGAUCACAGUGAGCUUCCCUGUUGGUGGCGUUGGGCGAUUCUUACACCAUGUCGAUGACGCGAAAAAGGAAGAGAAAGGAAAAUACGCAGAGACGUGGUUACGUCGUCCAUAAAGCGCCUCAUAAGGAAACUUUCACGUCGUAUUCGUGUGGGGACAGCAUUUACCAAAAAAACGUGCUGCAAAAUUGUUGUUUUGCUUAUUAAACCCAUUGAGUUUUUGACGUUCUCGUUGCUGUUACUGUCCCCGUCGUUGUUGUUAAAGCUCUCUAGUGAUUACAAUCAGGGACUGGUAGAGUGGUUUUCGUUUGAGUGUCGUAAAACCAAAACCAAAGUAAUUACUCUGGCCAAUCACAUAGGACACAGACAAUACAUUGAACCAAUCAAAACUCGAAGUAAUUACAUGUGGCUGACGCAAAGCACGUCACAAUUGGCCUUGGUUUUACUUCUGAUUGGAUGAAAAGGUGGCGCGAAUCUUUUAAGCCAAUCGCAUCGUGUAGAAAGUGCAAAACCAAUUACUUUUCGACACUCAAAUGAAAACCGCUCUAAUCCCAAGACGCAUUCAGUACGACAUAACGUAACAUUCGGAGUAAAAUGGAGCUAAUUAAAGCAUUGUCAUAAAUAUUCUCCUUUCCCCCCUUUUUUCAUAUUCUAGAUUUCGUUCUUGGAUUACAUGGCAUACUUACCACUAUUUCUUUCGAUCCAUCAAAACAUUUGCGACAACGCCCUUGAUAUGUCACGUGAUAAGUACAGACGCCAUGACACCACGUAACAAUAAGCCAGGGUCUUGUUUUGGGCUGCUGGGAGGCCCUGGUGCCAAUGGGGAGCAAGUUUUGAAAAGUGCCCUGCACUGUUUACGUAUACCCAGACGAGGAAAAGUUAAAGUGUGACAGUUGACUCUGAAGAAAAAGAGUCCUUGCAGUGGAAAUGCAUACGGUGUCGGAAUGGUAAUCAGCUAAUGAACUCAGACUUUUGAUAAUUUGAUCAAUUGAUAAUCCGAGUAUCAAAUGCAACUGGGCCGGGUUGUUCAAAGCCGGGUUAACAUAACCGAGGGUUAGUACAAAAUUUGAAUUCAGACAUGAAAGCUUAAAAAGCAAAUUCAGUUUAAUUCUUUUUGCCUACAACUUGAUGAUUAAAUACUCUAAAUACAAUAGGGAAAUUUUUCCGGGAAAAUGAUUUUGAUGAAAAGAAAAAGAGACCCGGGUUAAAAUUUAACCCUGGGUUAGCGCUAACCGGCCUUCGAACAACUUGGCCCUGAUCGCUAAAAAAAUGAAGGAGAAGUUGAAGUGAUAUCUAAUACAAAAUUAUGAUGUCAAUCAUGAAAGAUUGAGAGAACAUUACCCUUAAUUUUUCUCUCUCUCUUCUUCCUGUCCGUUUCCCAUCUCCUGCGCGCUUUUUGGGACGGGAAGAAGAAGGACCCUGGGGACGAGACUUAGCAAGCAAAUGCUGUAGUGUUGUUGUAAAGAUACUUUAGGUAAAAGAUGGAGUCAUAGCGGGGUGAAUUCUGAACACUUCGUAAUUGUUCUCGAGGGAAAAAGCAAACUUGCAUGUUUCCGGAGAAGAUUAACGCCACAGAUUUUGCAGCGUUCCUCGCUCUGAAACUUUCGGUGGGAAGCAGUUCUUUAGAUGUCAUGUGACCCGAAAAAGACAAAAAAAAAAAACAACGAGAGAGCGCUUAGUUUGAAAGAAAAAUCCAGCUUUAUAGCAAUAGAUAUCAAAUAAUAGAC